AUGCCACUUGCGCUACUCUCACCCAAGAAAAGGAGGUCGGCCCAGACAAUUGGCACGUCGCCUGCCGAGCUCCCCAAGAAGCUUAGCUUGUCGCCACCACCAGCGUACAAACUGACAGAACAACUAACUCCGCCUCAAACUAUGGGUUCAAGGACGAGCGGGGCGAAGAACUCUUCGGAAGACAGCUCAAACUACUCAGAGAGCGUGCCAAGUUCUCCGAAUGCUUAUCGGUCAAUGUCUUUAAAAUUGGAAACUUCUUCGACACAUUCUUCUAUUCACAAGAGAACAUUAUCGGAUAAAGUAAAGGCAACCCCAUCAUCCUUGGUUAGACGGCUGAGGUUAUAUUCAUCCCCAUCAGGCUCUGAUCCGAACAUCAAUAACAUUAACAUGAAGUCGUUACUCUUGCAAAACAAGGAAAUAACUGACAGUCUACCUAAAGAGUUGGCACCCGUUGUGAAUUUGAUAUUAGCUCAUAAACUUACUACUUAUGCAGUUGGAUCCCUUGAAGUCCCGGCUUUCGAUGAAGCUAAUCAAAGAAUCUGGUUGACUGUUGACGCUAAAUUGACUGGAAAUGAAUUAGCAAUUUGGAGAUCUUCCAAAGAGGAUUAUACAAUCUUAGGAGGCAAUGAUGAGUAUAAACCUAAUUAUAUCAACUUGAUAGACUCCAACAUUGAAUUGUUGAGUGAAAGAAAGAUCAAAAUAUUUCAAGAUUUCAAAGACGAAAACGCUUUACUUAUACACUUUCCUACUGAUGAAGAAUACAUAAGAUGGAUAGCAGCAAUUCAGCUAGCAAGUUUUGAAUAUGUAUCGCUAAAUGAAGCAUUUACUGCCGUUAUGUUAUCCUUAAAGGGCCCAAAAUUAUCAGAUAUUCAUAUUUUACUUCUUCCAAAGAAGAGAUUCCCUAAAUUUGAAUGGUGUAAUCUAAGAUUGCCCCAAGUUUCUUCUAAGUGGUUAAAAGUUUAUGUGGCUAUCAUUCCUUCAGAAUCUAAAAAGAAGGGUCGGAUAGAAAUAUACACGAGUGAUAAAAUCAACAAAAAGAACUUGAUCAUAUACAUACCAGAUGCUUCCAGUGUAUUCAAUGUAUACCCAGAAACUGCAAGCAUGAUUGAUUUCAAUUCAAUUCUCAAAUUGAAUGGCGAAAUUUAUAUCAAUAAGCAAUAUGAACAUCUUUUUAUUCAUAAUGAUACCCACAACCAAGGCUCUUCAAGAUCAUUUUCCUUUAAAAUGCAUUCUAAGGAGGAAUCUUUUACCUCUUUGACCUCUUUGGAUAGAUCACAAUCCACUGGAGGAAGAACAAGAAGUACAUCUUCAAGUUCUACUUCAUCUUUUUUCAGCACGGCAUCUUCACCAGCACCGUCAUCAAAAGAGUCAGCGAAGGGAGUAACGUCGUAUAUCAAGAAAAAUUUGAAUCAUUUCGUUGUUACUAAUUACGUAUAUUUAAUGCCUAUUCCUCAUCCUGGGGUCUCUGCGAUUGAAAUCAUGAUAAGAAAUUUCAUUCAUAUUAUUGAUUCUUUUAAACUUUAUGGCAGACCAGAUCAACUCGUUAGUGAUAAGACGAACGAGAAUUCAAUGCUCUUUGGCAUGCCUUCACUUCCACAUCAUAAAUAUUUAUCAAUGGAUGAGGCUAUGAAAGUGGUAAGAGAUAACUUGAAAACGGCUCAAUAUGAUAAUUGGAAUAAGUUUCAAUGGCGUACUGCAUUGAAGUCUGAAAUAUCUAAGUUAUACUCGCUAGGAGCUUACAAAGGAAGAGGUGAUAUAACUACGUUGUAUAGUCAAUUAGACUUGAACUUUGGUGAAAUAUCAAGCCCUUCUAUCAAUUUUCCAUCAGGUGGACAAUCUCCCCUUCCUAGUCCAUUACCUCCAAAUGGUUAUGAAUUUGAAAAUUUUAGUGACUCGGCUAUGAGUCCACUGAAUAGUUUAUACAAUUUUCAAGUACCAGGUCUUGGGGAACCUAUAGAUUUGGGACGCGGUGAGAAAAAGUUGCCCCGAUCUUUUGAUUCUAAAUUUAAUUCUUUGAACACAGACAAACCAUUGCCAUCGAUUGAUCGGACUCUGACGUUAGAUCACAACCAUCCGUACUCUACAUUUGUUAACUUGACGCUAAAUGAGGAUGAAUGA